UUCAAUUUCCGGUUGUCAACCACAUGCAAAAAGUUUAAAUAGAAAAGAGUUCUAUAUCAAGUAUCCAUGGCAGAGUCCGACUUCAUUCCAUUAUCCAUGUUAUGGAGGUUUUACGUGUAUGCCAUUCAUGGUUAUGUUACAGAAAUCAUGUUCACAGCUACAUGGGAAUUUGUUAUAAAUCAGAACUGGAAAUUCCCUGGUAGCACUAGUGUAUGGGCUUUACCUAUAUAUGGAUUUUCUACACUUAUGAUAGAACAGAUGUACUUAAGACUUGUGGAGAGGAAGGUUCCGUUAUUAGGCAGAGCUGUGAUUUAUACAAUCUGGACAUACUGCUGGGAAUUCAGUACAGGGUUUAUUCUGAAGAAGUUUGAUGCCUGUCCGUGGGACUACACUCCUUUUGAAGGAGAUUUUAUGGGAUUAGUGACACUCGAGUAUGCCCCGUUAUGGUUUUUUGGGAGUGUAUUUUGUGAGAUUCUGAUAAUUAAGUAUACAAGAAUGGUGUAUUGGGGUGCUCCUGUAAAAGCUGACAAAACUAAACAAAGUUAAUAAAAGUACACUUUAGGUUUAUCAAUAUUUUAGUAUUUUUAGUUAUAAAAUUGCCUAGGUACAAUGUAUUUGCAUGCUUUACAUGCAUGUUGAUUUGACAAUGGUUAAAAGACAUGAUUUUAUUAAGCAAUGCUCAAUUCAUAUGAACAAAGCUCAACUCUUGGAAGUAUUUUUUUAAUGGUGGAAGAUUAUAUUUAUAUACAUUUUUUACAAUUAUUUUUAUACUGUAAUUUUACUUCACACAAUAUAAGUGUAGGAAACUAAUUUUCAUUGAUUAAGAAGUGUGACCAAGUCAUCAAUUUAGGUAAUGAAUUUGACAUGAUUGAGUUAAUAAUUGUAAUUUUAAGACCCAAUUUUUAGGAACUAAGUCAUGGUUAGUGGAAUGCAUUGGGGUUCAAGUUUAAAUAAAUCUCAAUAGAAACUUGCAUCCUGUAAGGCUGUAUUCAAAAUAUCUACACCUGUAUCGUGUGUUUUGGAAUACUUAUAGGCAAUUUUAUAAGACUUUAGAAAGCUUAAUGCUAAUCUAUCCACUUGCAAAUACCUACAUGUAUAUUGCACACACAAAAAAAAAAAAAAAAAUUAUUUAAAGUUUAAUAUGAACAUUAUUCCAUUCAUCAUAACCUUUUUUCUCAGGGCACAAAACAUUGCCAUUCAUGAUAAUUUGGUGAAUCUACAGUGCAUUAUAAUUUUUUUUAUUACAUGUAUAUUUAAUUGUUUCAAUUCCAUAUAUUAUAUAGUUGGCAGGAUCUCAAACAAUUUAGCUUUCUAGUUUUAAUAAAUGUUUUAUAUUAAAAUGUAGGUGUAAGUGGUGUAAGUCCUUGAUUUGUGAUACUUUUAUAUUUAUAUUUCAAGUCUUCAAGACUCGAAGAGUGGUUUAUUUUUUGCACUCAUCCACUUCAAGUGAUAAAUGUGCCAAAACCAAUUUGGUGGACCAAUGACUUCAUGAAAAUUAAAAUUUGCAUUAUUAAAAGGGUAAUUUGUAUGACAACUAGAUAUCUAAA